CCCAAAGAGUAUUGGGAUUAUGAAUCCCUUACUGUUCAAUGGGGAGAGCAGGAUGAUUACGAGGUGGUAAGGAAAGUCGGCAGAGGAAAGUACAGCGAGGUGUUUGAGGGAAUUCACACUACUAAUAAUGACAAAUGCAUCAUCAAAAUCCUUAAGCCUGUCAAGAAGAAAAAGAUCAAACGUGAGAUUAAGAUACUGCAGAAUCUUUGUGGUGGACCUAAUAUUGUGAAGUUACUCGAUAUCGUUAGAGAUCAGCAAUCGAAGACCCCAAGCCUUAUAUUUGAAUAUGUGAAUAACACAGAUUUUAAAGUGCUGUAUCCUAAUCUUUCCGACUUCGAUAUUAGAUAUUACAUCUAUGAGUUGUUAAAGGCAUUAGAUUAUUGCCAUUCUCAAGGUAUUAUGCACCGUGAUGUGAAGCCCCAUAAUGUAAUGAUUGAUCAUGAGCAGCGUAAACUUCGGUUAAUAGAUUGGGGACUUGCAGAAUUUUAUCAUCCUGGAAAGGAAUAUAAUGUCCGUGUGGCUUCUAGAUAUUUCAAAGGUCCUGAACUACUUGUUGAUUUGCAAGACUACGACUACUCGUUGGACUUGUGGAGUCUUGGUUGUAUGUUUGCAGGAAUGAUAUUCCGGAAGGAGCCUUUCUUCUAUGGGCAUGACAAUUAUGAUCAGCUUGUGAAGAUUGCGAAGGCCCCUCCUGUGCAAGUUAGAGUUUGUCAACCUACCAUCUUGGACUAACAUCCAACUCAAAAGGUACUCCGUGAGGAGCAAAACCAAAUUACAUUCUGGGCCAAGAAAGAAAAGGACAUCUUGAGGAUACCAGACUUCUAUAGCAGGAGUGAACAGAGUAGUCCCAUUUCUCUGCAGAUUCCAGAUCAAAGAAUCUGAGGUUUCUGGUUUAAUAGAGAUCUAAUUAAGCUCGUUCGAUACUGGUACGAUUCUGUCAACCUCUGUCAAAAUUGUCCCUUCUGAAUUUCAUGUUCCAUUCAUGCUCAGGCACCUUGGCACAACCACAAUCUCCAUGAAAGCCUACAUCUGUUCUUGCAUUUCUUUUUGCAUGGUGCUCAUUGAAAAUGCACCAUAUUAAGAGCCCGUUUGGACAUAAGAAAUUUUUACAAAUUUCAAAACAAUGUUUGGUUAUGAACUUUUUACAAAUUUUCGAAUCCAACUUGAAAAUGCAUUUUCGAAUUUGAAAAGCUGAUGGGAACCAGUUUUUCAAUUGGAAAAUUGGAAAGUUAGUAUUUUGAAGUUUUACAAAUUUACCCUAUUUUUGAAAUUUAUAAAAGGACCUCAAUCUGUAAUUAAAUUUUGGACUAUAUUUUGACAUCCACCAUUAGAUCUACAAUUUAUACUUUUACUUGAAGGAGCCGCUACAACUUCUAUUAGAGAUUGUUCGUACAAUUGAACAAUCAGCAUGUUUGAUUGUUUGUUUCAAGUAGGAUAAUCAAGUCCGUGGUGGUUUUGAUAUUUUUUACAAAUUGUGGGGUAUAAAUCAUGUUUCAUGGUUUUGAAAAAAAUGCAUCUAAAUAUGUUGCAAAAAUUAUAACCACACUUAACUUCAUCUUCAAAUCAAAUUUAUUGAAAUUUCAAAUUUGGAAAAAAAUCUUGGAAUUUAUAUCCAAACGCCUACUAAGUAAAUUAUGAUCUGCCUAUCGUUGCCCUAAUAAAUGGAUUUCAUCGAUGACCUUUUGGACAAAGAGGGUCUCUAGCUGUUAAGACUCUUUCUUCUUUCAUUUAAUAAUCCAAAGAAGCUUUUGAGAAUAUUGAGUUGUACUUGAAAAAAAUGAAAGUUUUUCAUUUAUUGUUCCCUCUCCCCAAAAGUGAACUUUUUUGACAGAAGACUGAGGGGUUGCAAUCUUAUGU